GGGGAAGUAGUCAGUCUUCAACAAACAGCUGAAGAUCAGACACAUCUGAGAGUUUUCGUCCCCCCCGCUUGCACAUUCUCAAGGUGAGAACUUCAUCUCUUAUCCACUAGUCAAUCCCAUUCAGUACUUUUCCAGGGAAAGAGAAAGUUUGUCGGAGAGAAAGAAGGAAUCAUGGAGAUGCAGGAGAAAGCCAACAAGAUAAAGCAACGCAAAGAAAAGGCAGCGUUGGUGGAAGGUGAAUGUGGUGCGAACCUGUACUCGCUUGCCGCGGUACCACCAACCGGAGAGGAAAUAGAACCGAACGACUACACAGGAUUGAAAAAGCCAUCCGAGGAUAUCUACGCAGCCAUUUCAGAACCAACUGACCAGGCCCAAGGUGCCGUGAGGCCUUAUCGUCUUGCGUGUUUGAUCCUGACUGUGCUGUGCUGUCUGCUGCUGGUGGUUGUGAUUGUCUUCUUAGUGAAAACAAAAACCGAUGCCUGCCCUGAGGAUCUUGGGACCUGGCGUCCGCCAACGUGCAGGGCGGACAUGUGCAGGACUUUCAAGUCGCGAAAUCAAGACCAAUGUUACUGCUGCAACCAGUGCCCCUUCGGGUGGUUUAGGCUGGACCAGACUUGUUUCUUCGCGUCCACGUUCAGGCUGAACUGGGAGGAGAGCCAGAAGAAUUGCUCCGGAGAAGGAGGAUCUCUGGCCGUCAUCAGCAGCCAGAAACUCCAGACCUUUCUGACUGAAAGAGCGGAAAAUUUGAAAUACUGGAUCGGUCUGCGGCGCAACGGCAAUAGGUGGACCUGGGUGGACAACAGCACGCUGGGAAAGAGCUACUGGGUAGACAGUCAGACAUCGGGAGAUUGUGCGCUACUGAGCAGCAGCGAUCCUGCCGAGAAGAACUGGAUGAAGAUCACCUGCAACUCGCACUCGUACUACAUCUGUCAGAUCCAGCUCUGAACUGCAGUGAGUCCGUGAACAUCAUUCCCAGCCUGCCAAUGAAACCUUUUAAAUGAUAGCACUGUCUAAGUUUGUGCGUUUGCAUUCAUGUGCUAAAUUUAGAAUCACAACUCCACAGUAUUAUGUAUCGCUAUGGAUAGAUUGAUUUUUAAUUCACCUUAAAUAUUAGACAUAGCUUUGCAUUUAGCUUCAAUAGAAAUUUGUCACAUGAAUAUGAUUGUGUAGCACAUUGUUUCCUCCUUGCAUAUAUUCCUGCCAUAUAUUGCUAUAAAAAUACUUUUCUAGUGUGUAA